AUGCAACAAUUUGAAGAGGCUGGACCUGAGACUUGUGCGACUACGGCGACGAAAGCAACGAGAGACCCGGAAGGACAACAGAAGCCAGAACAACAAAUACUGCGCACCGACACUCUCCUUUCGUUGCCGCCCGAGCCGUCGGCGCUGGACGCCAACGUCGUCCUCUUCAAAUCUAAAAAUGACCCUGACAACCCAUUUGCGUGGUCGGCCUGGAAGAAGUGGCGCGUGCUCGGAGUUGUGCAGCUAUGCUGCCUAUGCGUAACGAUGAACGCUACCAUCGUGACAGGGGCGUAUGAUGGCCUGCGUAGCUACUUCAGGAUCUCAAGGCACAUAGUCGUUCUCAGUGUAUCCUUCUACGUCGUCGGAUUGGGGUUCGGCUCAAUCCUGUCUGCACCUCUGUCAGAACUCUACGGCCGAAGGCCAGUCUACCUUACCUCGUUUGCGCUCUUCGUCCUUCUCACGGUACCGCUCGUCUUUCUCCCACGGGGUCAUGCUGGUUUUGUCCUUCUCUGCUUCGUUCGCUUUCUCCAAGGCUUCGUGGCCAGUGCUCACCUCAGUGUUGCGAACGGCACUAUCUCUGAUGUUUUCGAUGUCAACAAAGCGUUUUUGCCUGUCAGUUUCUACGCUCAGGUGCCUUUCUUGGGACCCGUACUUGGUCCUCUCGUGGGGGCCCUUCUCGACCACACCUACGAGACAGGUGGACACAGCAAGAGCGACGAAUUACAGACCUGGCACCUGACGAUAUACUUCACCAUUACCCUCUGCAGUUCGGCCUUUCUCCUUCUCCUCCUUUUUGUUCCGGAGACUUACACUCCCAUCCUUCUCGUCCACCGAGCUCGUCGGCUUCGUGAUGCAACAGGCAACACCAAUCUGUAUGCGCUGCAUGAGGAAAAGAUGCGAACUCUUUCCCCCUCCUCGAGCCGUCAACCUUUACUUUUAAUCAUCCUCAGGACGACGCUCUUCGGCUGCUUUCUACCAUUGCUAAAAGAGCCGCUGCUCCUUAUCCUCUCAUUUUGGUCCGCCUUACUUCUCUCUAUUCUCUACCUCUUUUUCCAGCUUUUUCCCCUCGUUUUCGGCGCAGCUUACACCUUUACGCCCCUCGAAUGCUCCCUUUCCCUGUUGGGAAUCGUCGUUGGAAUGCUCCUCGCUAUGCUGAGCAUGCCGCUCUGGAGCAUCCUCUACGCGCACCAACUUCAACCUCGUCUCAAGAGCACCGAAAACAAGCGCUCCGUGCUCUCGUACCUCUUCCAGCGCCCAGCAAUCGCCUCGCCCGAAGCUCGUCUGCCAAUGGCCCUGCUCGGCUGCUUUCUCGGCCCAAUUUCUCUCUUUCUCUUCGCCAUGUCCACGCGUGGACCAUCUUCAGCCAAAGCUCCACCCCACUGGAUUCUUCCUAUCCUGUCCACGGCACCCUUUGGUGCCGCCCUCAUCUUUCUCUUCACACCCCUGCAGCUUUUUCUCAACGAGACCUAUCUCCCCGUCGUCGCGAGUGCCACGGCCGUCAGCGUCUUCAUCCGUUCGACCUCGUGCGCUUCUUUGCCCAUCUUUACAAAUUACCUAAACGAAAAGAUCGGAGCCAGGGGCCUCGGCAUCGUCCUGGCCGUCGUGCAGCUCCUCAUGAUCCCCAUCCCAUUCACCCUCUACUUUUUCGGCCCUCGGAUUCGCAAGCGCAGCCGCUUCUACCUUUAG